AGGAGACAUCCAGCUAAACAGCAGGUACUGGGAGGCGGCGUCAUUCGGAUGCUUUGUAAUUAGUUGUCUCCCUCUUCACAGAUCCUGACACAGAACCUCCGGAGAAGUAGUGGCAGCUUAGCAUGCUUACGAAACGUGGAUUCAACAUCAACAUUCACGGAGGACCACUGACGACCUUUUCACUUGGAAGAAGCCUUCCUGAUCCUUGAACAUGUGAUUUAAAAAAAAAAAAAAGAAGAAGAUAUAGCCUUUAUUUGACAUCUGUGCAACCUGUGAGCUGCAUCUACACACUGAACACUUCUCAGCUGCUGCGGUCAUCCUCAGAAGCUUAACACAUUCAUGGAGAAGACACUGACAAUAGGUCUGACUCUUUUCUUAACGCUCUGUGUGGACAUACCAGGAGCUGGAGGACGGAGCGACGGGGCCCAUGGCGACGACGCGCAGAAACGUCCAUCGCGAUCUUCCGAUACCAAAGGAGGCCGUUGCUCCUACACUUUCAUCGUCCCGCAACAAAAACUGACAGGCGCGCUGUGUUUGAACACGCAGUCGGCUUCUGCCAACCAGUCGGAGGUGGCAGCGCUGCGAGCGGAGCUCAGGCGGCAGCAGGAGCAGCUGGAGAAGCUCCACGGCCAUCUGGAGCAGGACGGGUCCCUUGUCAUGGAGGUCAGAGCCCUGCGCAAAGAGAGUAACGCCAUGAAUUCUCGCAUUGCCCAACUCUAUGCCCAGCUGCUACAUGAAGUCAUUCAGAAGAAGGACCAGGCUUUGGAGCAGCGAAGGGUGGAGAGCAUCCUGUUAAAUGCGACGACGCAGGCGCUGCAGGUGUCCAGUAACUACAGGGAGCUGGAGAAGAAAUAUGGAGCCCUCACCUCGAUGAUCAGCUCCCAGAACCAGUUUAUAGCUCGUCUGGAGAAGCGGUGCCUGUGCAGGGACUCCACACAGGCCUCUCUGUCUGGACAGGUGACGACUGAACCACCAAAAAGCCAGUCUAAUGUGCAUCCUAACUACAGCUCCGACGCCAGGGAAGCGGCCAAUGAUGUUCAAAGGGACCAAAGUGCUCUUCCACCACAGCAGGAACAAGCUGUUGUUUCCCUCCCCACCACCACCGCCAACUCUACUACAGAUCAUCCAUUCAUUAGUUUCCCUGUCACAAAGACUCCAGGGCCGUGGCGAGACUGCCAGCAUGUGCAGGAAUCAGGUGAGACCACCAGCGGGAUCUACCUGCUCCGUCCACAGAGUGCCAACCGCCUCCUGCAGGCCUGGUGUGAGCAGAGUCGGGCUCAGGGAGGGUGGACGGUGAUCCAAAGGAGACAGGAUGGGUCGGUCAACUUCUUCCGGACAUGGGAGCAGUAUAAGCAAGGCUUUGGGAACCUAGACGGAGAGUAUUGGCUGGGCCUGGAACACCUCUACUGGCUCACUAAACAGGCCCAAUAUAAGCUGCGGGUGGCUCUGGAAGACUGGCAGGGCCGGCAGGUGUUUGCAGAGUAUGACAGCUUCCGCCUCGAACCGGAGAGCGAUUGGUACAGACUGCGGUUAGGACAGUACCACGGCACUGCAGGGGAUUCCCUCUCAUGGCACAACAAUAAGGCCUUCACCACUCUGGAUCGAGACAAGGACAGCUACACGGGUAACUGCGCUCACUACCAAAAGGGAGGCUGGUGGUACCACAUGUGUGCCCACUCCAAUCUGAACGGUGUGUGGUACCGGGGUGGACACUAUCGCAGCCGCUACCAGGACGGGGUGUACUGGGCAGAGUUCCACGGAGGGUCGUACUCUCUCAAACGUGUUUCCAUGAUGAUCAAACCCACAUAGCGAGUCCUAACCGUGGGUGUGUUGGC